ACGUCAGAACCGUCCAGGGUCCGAGCGGAAUGUGAGUGCACAGACUUCCGGGGACUUCCGGGACUCGACAGGUGAAUCCAAUCCGAGAGGGGUCCAGUCCAGCAGCUGUGCAGAUAUGGAGGACUCCGCUGACUUGUAUGAUGUUCAUAUAACAAAUUCCCCCCCCGCUUGGGAAGAGCACCAGUGUCUGGAGGAGCUGGACAACGUGGAGUGUCUCAGAAGGAAGAUCAAAUUCUUCUUCAUGAACCCCUGUGAGAAGUAUCAUGCUCGUGGACGGAAACCGUGGAAGCUCGUACUCCAGAUCAUUAAAAUUGCUGUUAUUACCAUCCAGUUGGUGUCUUUUGGGCUCAGUAACCAGAUGGUUGUCACAUUCAAGGAGGAGAAUCUGAUGACUUUCAAGCACCUUUUCCUAAAAGACUACGUUGAUGGCGGCAUGGCUUCGUACGCCGUCUACAGACAAGAGGACGUGUAUGACCGCAUUGAUUUCAUCCUGAAGCAAUAUGGACAUCUGCACAACAUCACAGCAGGAAAUCACGAUUAUGACAAAGAUGGCAGCGUGUACACUCCGCUGUCCCUGUGUCAGGAGUACUACAGAAACGUCUCCAUCUACCCUGGGAAUGACACGUUUGAAAUUGAUGCCCAUGUGCAAACUGAUUGCCUGGAAAUAUAUCCGAUGUAUCACCUAUCAUCAGGGGAAGCGCUUCCAAAUUUUGAAUUGCAUUUUAGAAGGAUGCUCUCUGUCAAGAUCACUUUUGUUCUCAAGGCCAUAAACUUACAGACUGUGAGACAUCGAGAACUGCCCGACUGCUACGACUUCACCGUGAUCAUCACUUUCAACAACGAAGCUCACAGCGGCAGGAUAAAGAUUGACCUGGAAAAUGAUGUUGACAUCAACGAAUGCAGAGAAUGGAAAGUAACUGGAGCAUCUGCUAGGAGCAUUUACCUGACUGUGCUGUUUGACUGCCUCAUCAUUAUGACGUGCGUCACCUCCUUCGCACUCUGCACUCGCUCGGUGAUCAACGGGAUUCAGCUGCAGCUGGAGUACUCGUCGUACUGCAAUCAAAACCUCCCAAUGUCGGACAGGUUGGAGUUUGUGAACGGUUGGUACAUCCUGAUCAUUGUCAGCGACACACUGACCAUCAUUGGCUCCAUUCUGAAGAUAGAGAUCCAGACCAAGGCCCUCACAAGCUAUGAUGUUUGCAGCAUCCUUCUCGGCACAGGCACCAUGUUCGUCUGGAUCGGGGUCAUCCGCUACAUGGGCUACUUCAGGAAGUACAAUAUCCUCAUCCUGACGCUCAGGGCAGCUUUCCCAAACGUGAUCCGGUUCAUCUGCUGCGCUGGAAUCAUCUACCUCAGUUACUGUUUGUGUGGCUGGAUCGUCCUUGGACCAUAUCACGAGAAGUUCCGGACCUUAAACACCGUGUCGGAGUGUCUGUUCUCUCUGAUCAACGGAGACGACAUGUUUCCCACCUUCAUGAUGAUGAGGCAGAAGAGCAGCCUGGUGUGGAUCUACAGCCGAGUCUACCUCUACACCUUCGUCUCCCUCUUCAUCUACAUGAUCCUCAGCCUGUUCAUUACCAUCAUCACAGACACCUACGACACAAUCAAGCAACAGCAGCAGAGUGGAAUCCCGACAUCUGAGCUGCAGAGGUUCUUGUCAGUGUGUAAAGAUUUGCCGAGCUCUGGCGUCUUCAGAAUCAACAAGAAAAACGACUGCUUCUUCAACUGCUGCAUCAACAGGUGCAGGAAGCAUCAGGAGAGGCUGACGUCAGAGGCGUAGAUGGAUCUUUUAAUGUGAAGAUACUGAAAUGACUGAAUAAAUAACCUUAGAACUAAUGUGUACUGAGGAAGUCUUAAAUAUUUCUGCUCCAGGUUUGUUCAGUUGAAUAUUUUGAUGAUCAUAUGAUGCAGUGAUGUGGAGAAGACUUUGUAAAUACACUUAUUUAUACCGAUAUGAAAAAAAGAUUAAUGGUGAAAUUGAUAAAGUAUGAAAAUGUUGUACGCUGAACCCAAUGAA